UCCUGGGUCAAAGAGGCACCAGGUUGUGAGGAAGACACUGCUGCAGGACAGAGGGCAGAAAAAGUAACUUCCUUCUGUAGCCUGACACCCUGGCCAUUGACUCCGCUGGGUUUGCUGAAAUCAUCACAGACUACAAGGUCUGCCACAAUGCUGCGUCUGUACAGAACUGUGGUUGUGGGGCUCCCACAGGUCAUGAGAGUCAAGUCAACCCCCUUGAGGCUCUGCAUUCAAGCAUGCUCCACAAAUGAUUCACUCAGGCCCCAGCCUCCUGGCCUUACAGUCUCUGAUGGUAGCUCAAGGACUCGGGGAUGGAGAGUCGUGGGGACUCUGCUCGGCCUUGGCGCGGCGCUGGCCUAUCAUGAGCAUCAGUGUAGGGCUGCUCAGGAGGCACCGCGGAUUUACACCAAGGAGGAUGUGCGUUCCCACAACAGCCCUGAAACUGGGGUCUGGGUAACAUUAGGCUCUGAGGUCUUUGAUGUCACAAAAUUUGUGGACAUGCAUCCAGGAGGGCCGUCAAAACUGAUCCUGGCAGCUGGGGGUCCCCUAGAACCCUUCUGGGCCCUCUAUGCUGUUCACAACCAGCCCCAUGUACGUGAGUUACUGGCUGAGUAUAAGAUUGGGGAGCUGAGCCCUGAAGAUAAUAUGCUCCCCACCCUGGAGGCCUCUGACCCUUUCGCCAAUGAUCCUACACGUCAUCCGGCCCUGAGGAUUAAUAGCCAGCGCCCCUUUAAUGCAGAGCCUCCUCCUGAACUGCUAACAGAAAACUACAUCACACCAAACCCCGUUUUCUUCACCCGGAACCACCUGCCCGUACCUAACCUGGACCCAGAUACCUAUCGUUUACAUGUAGCCGGGGCACCUGGAGGCCAGUCACUGUCACUGUCCUUGGGUGACUUGUACAAGUUUCCCAAGCAUGAGGUCACGGUCACUCUGCAGUGCGCUGGCAACCGGCGCUCUGAAAUGAGUAAGGUCAAGGAAGUGAAAGGUCUGGAAUGGAGGACAGGGGCCAUUAGCACAGCACGCUGGGCUGGUGCACGGCUCUGUGAUGUAUUAGCCCAGGCUGGUCACCGACCUCGGGAAACUGAGGCUCAUGUCUGUUUUGAGGGACUGGACUCAGACCCUACCGGGACCGCCUACGGAGCGUCCAUCCCUCUGGCUCGGGCCUUGGAUCCCGAAGCCGAGGUCCUCCUGGCGUAUGAAAUGAACGGCCAGCCUCUGCCUCGUGACCACGGCUUUCCUGUACGGGUGGUGGUUCCUGGCGUGGUAGGCGCCCGCCAUGUCAAAUGGCUGGGCCGAGUGAGCGUGGAGUCAGAGGAGAGUCCUAGUCACUGGCAGAGGCGGGAUUACAAAGGCUUCUCCCCGUCCGUGGACUGGGACACAGUAGACUUUGAUCUGGCUCCAUCAAUUCAGGAACUGCCUAUCCAAUCGGCUAUCACGCAGCCUCAAGAUGGGGCCACGGUCGAGCCCGGAGAGGUGACGAUCAAGGGCUACGCAUGGAGCGGCGGCGGCCGGGCUGUGAUUAGAGUGGACGUGUCUAUGGACGGUGGACUGACCUGGCAGGAAGCCGAGCUAGAGGGAGAAGAACAGCAUCCCAGGAAGGCCUGGGCCUGGCGAAUAUGGCAGCUGAAAGCUCGUGUGCCAGCUGGGCAAAAGGAACUGAGGCUCGUCUGUAAGGCCGUGGAUGACAGUUACAACGUGCAGCCCGACACUGUAGCCCCCAUCUGGAACCUGCGAGGCGUGCUCAGCAAUGCCUGGCACCGCGUCCAUGUUCGUGUGGUCCCGUGACCACAUGACAAAAGGCAACAGAGCAAUUUGUACCCAAAG